AUGUGGUGCGGCAUUGGUUGAUGAUCAAGGAAGCUCUGUUGGCUUUGAAUGAAAGAAGUGGGUCGAGUCCAUACGCUAUAGCAAAGUACAUGGAAGAGAAGAACAAGGAUGUGCUUCCUCUGAAUUGCAAGAAGAUUUUGGGCCUCCAAUUGAAGAACUCUGCUGUAAGAGGAAAGCUUAUCAAAAUCAAGGCUUCGUAUAAGCUAUCUGAAAUGGCUAAAGAGGAGAAGGUUACAACUAUAAUAACCAAGGCUGUGAAGAAACCUGAUGCUACUAAAAAGGCUACGAAGAAGGUCACGAAGAAAGUUGGGCCUAAGAAGACGAAGAAAUUGACUCCUGCUUAGCCUAAACAGCCCAAAUUGAUUAAGUCUCCUGCUGCUAAGAGAGCCAAGAGGACUGUUGCUUGAGUCUGUAGAAAUUGGAUAAAAAUAAGUGGUGUUUGUUUUUUUGAAAAAAGUUUAGGUCUGUUUAUAUGAAGUCUAUGGUUUUAAUGAAGGAAGUGUUCGGGUUUACUUAGUCUUUUUUGUUUGUUUGUUUAGACAUCAAUGCUGAAUGGAACUGACUUUUCUUUGCUUCCUCUGUGAAAUGGGUUGCUAAUUUUUUGAACUUUUAUCUUGUUCAGUCAUUCAUUGGCUUA